AUGUCUUUUGAUUCGCUCGACGAUUCUGCCUCUGGCAUGGACAAGGAGUUGAAGGAGUUUUUGGCUCUGGAGCAGAAAAAGGCUCAAUUUCAAUCUCAGAUUAACCGACUGAAUGACAUUUGCUGGGACAAAUGCGUCACUGAUAAGCCCUCUUCAAAGCUUGAUUCUCGAACGGAAAACUGCUUGCGUAACUGUGUUGAUCGUUUCAUCGACUCGUCUCUAGCGGUCACUCAGCGCUUUGCUACCUUAAUUUCUAAACAGCAAUAA